CUUUUAUGGCAUGUUUUUACGUUGUGAAAAUUUAAUACAUUAACAAGACUAUUAUUUAUAUUAAUCUUAAAAGGCAAUUUUGAUAUCACUGCAACAUUUUAUAGACACUUAACACAGGAUUUGUUAUUUACGCCAUUUUGCAUUUCUCCUGGCAAUAAUAAAAUUUUAAUAAACUAAGUACUUAAUCGACAGCCGAUAAUGGACUUUCAUUUUAUCUGAUAACAAAGCUAAAAACCGAAAGUAAAUCGAAAGUGAAAUUACAAUGUCAAUGAAAACGAACCAAUUAAUCUAUUGUAUUGAUUGAGGCGAUACAUCGUAGCAGCGCUUUGAGCUAUCAAUCUUAUGUAAUCGAUUUACUAGUGAAGUUCACACGGUAUCUUAAUCAAAUCUCUAGAGGAUGCAGGGUUAGCGCCGAAGGAACUGAACUAGGUCAUGAAUGAGUAUUCUACUAUUGUAUAUUCAAAACAAUAUUCCUUAGGAUGCCGUUAUGUAAUCAUUGGAGACUCGCUGUGUUUUUUUCACACAUUAAACAAUAUUAUGAUGUCAGGCACCGACACAGGCCCUUAUGAAUGAUGUUUGUAAAUGACAAGGUCACACAAUUGCGUCACUUAGUUAGCAGGGCAGCCCGUGGCGGAGGUGACCCCGCCAUGGUAGCGAUGCCAACAUAUUGACGACAUCCUUAUUUUUAUUGGUUAUUCGAAUGAGUGCGUCGACCGUACCGCCUCCGCCGCUGAACUGUGCGUGUGGCCUCGCACUGUGUCUAUUUACAGGGCUUUACAUGUCAAAUGUACGCUUUAUCCCAUUAUCGGUCUAAAAUAGAAAGCCCGUAAAAUUUCUCCGUUCUCGGGAAAUUAGGACGAGACCGCACUUGACCUGCAUGCACGAUGCAAAUUAUAUUCCAUACAAUCAUGUCCAACGUUAGCUACCACACUAUAUUAUCUUAUUUUAUUAUUAUAGUGAAACUUGCAAGCAGAUCUUAGAUAAAAUAUUCUGUGUCAAUUGAAAGUUUAAACAUUGCAGUCUUAAGCAAUGAUGCUGACAAUAGUGGCGACACAGAUAUUAACUACAUAAUCAAGUGUCGUGAUGUUAAUAUUCGCGUAUGUAUUGUCAAGCAGCUUGCGCUGGAUACUGGUGCAAUGAUAAAUUUGCAUGUGAUCGAUGUACAAUGUACUCUGCCUCGAGAACCGGUGCCGGAGCAAACAAUUUCUAGUCUACUAUUAGACUCGCGCUGUGGUACAUGCAGUUACCUUAUAGCGUGAGAUUUCAUUGCGGGUUUGAAACAAAGAGAUUGUUAUAUUUUAUUGAACAUCAUUGUUGGAUCUAAUCGCUGAUAAGUCACGUUAUUCUUUUUUAUUUGUUCGAUCAUAGUCGCUUGCUGUUACCGAUCGGGUUCGCGCGGUUCGUUAUCGGAUUUUAUGACGGUGUAUACAUUAUCUCAUAUCUGUAACUAAUUACAUCGUUGAUUGUUUGGGAGUGCGUUACAUAUUGCACGUCUGCAGACAUAUAGGUGAAAGUGAUGUGACCUGUGCUUGAAAUCUGUGCCUUGUGAUGUGAAAUUUCGUAUUGUGUAUGUUAGUGCAUACAUGUGCUAAGAUUAUGAAUGAAAAGAGACACCGGCCGCGGCCGCGACGUCGAGAUGAGUUGCACGAGAGGCAGCAGGAUUUGCUGCUUGCCUGGAGUGAGGAGGUGUGCAAUAGCGAGGAGGUGCCCGAGGUAGAGAUUGUCAGCCUCUUACAAGAACACAUACCGAAAUAUCGAUUGAGAGCAGAUAGUCUCACACAGUUUGGAGGAUACGAGAACCAAGAUUGGUUCAUACCAUCACCUGCGUUGCCUGUCAGCGACAAAGAUCUAGCGCUUACGCCUGACCAGAUCAGGGAGACUCUCAAUUACUUCCUUCUAUGCAGCAACAGGGUGAGCCAAAUGACAAAAACCUACAAUGACAUCGAAGCGGUAACACGGCUCUUAGAAGAAAAAGAAAAAGAUUUGGAGCUAACGGCUCGCAUCGGUAAGGAAUUGCUAACUGCUAAUGGGCGAUUGGAGGCGCGAGUCACCGCACUCGAGGGGGAGUUGCGUAGCGCGCGAGAUCAUAUCACUCAGCUGAGGCACGACCUCAACGCGAAAACUGAUCUACUGCAGGUGUUAACAAAUGACACAGAGGAGGGAUCGUCUCCGACGGAGCAGGAGGCGGCUAGCGCGGCGCUGCUGCGCAAGCGCACGGGCGCGCUGGAGCGCGAGAACCGAGCGCUGCGCGAGGAGGCCACGCGCCUCGCCGCCGGCGCCGACAGCGCCGAGCUGGCCGAGCGACAGCUGCUCAGGGACAUCGCGCACCAGCUCGCCAGUGCAAAUUCUGAAGCGAGUGCAUUGGGCUCGGAGCUGGUUGAGGAGAGACAGCGCUCCGUGGACCUUCAGCAACAGCUUGAGAAUAUCAAUGCUAGGCUGGGCGUCAGUGAGCGAAAUUAUCAACAGUUAAAUGCAGAACAUGAACACACGUUACGGAUAUUAGAAAUAACAAAAGAAAAUCAAAAUGCUCUCGCAGCGGAAUUGGCGGAUACGAAGGAGCGCUACAUGGAGGUGGCGGCGCACCUGGCGGAGGCGCAGGAGCAGCUGCGCGCGCUGCGGCGGCGCGGCGAGCCGGCGGCGGCGCGCGGCCUCAUGCCCAGCGUGGCGGCCGCCGCCGGCCUGCUGCCGCCCAGUCUGCACCGCGAGAUGCACUCCUCCAUCUACUCUGAGCUCAGCCUCGACUCCGGCAUCGGCGAUCCGCUCGCACAAUCAAGCAUGCACAAAGUGUUUGAGACCGUGCAGUGCGCAUCGCGUUGGUCGGGCGCGUCAGGCCAGUCGGGCGCGUCUAUACCGGGCUCGGACGUGGCCGACGCACCCGCCACCUUCCUGCGCCCGCCCGUCAAGCCUUCCAGCGACUCCUUCCUUGACGACACGUCGGAUACUGACUCUGAUGAUCUUUAUCCCGGCGGCGCGGGCGUGGGAGUGCCGGGCGCGCCGGGCGCGGCGGAGCUGGCGGCGGCGCUGCGCCGCCUCACGCCGCAGGAGAUCAACUCGCGCCGCGCCUCGCUCGCCGCCUCGCACGUGUUGCGACAUCGCCGCCACACCGACCGAGAACCGAGCGAGGAGAGUGCCGUAUGGGGCGCAGGCGCAGCUGGAGGGAUGGCGCGGUUUCGAACGCCGCACAAGCUGCAGAUCGUCAAGCCCAUGGAGGGAUCACUCACUUUACAUACUUGGGCACAAUUGGCCAAGCCUUCCAUGUCAGGUUUAUUAGAAGAACAAGAGGGCGUCGGAGUUCGCGGUUCGCGAAAUACUCCAGGUCACGGUAUGAGGUUAUAUCGUUUGUCUGACGUGGAAGAAGACGAUGACAUGCCACGUCUACCACACUCUAGUCACGUUUACACAUUUGUCAACAGCACCGUGCUUCACCCGAACGACGGCAGCAUGCUGGGCAGCAGCGCCAGCUCCGUGUGCAGCAGCGGCAUGAGCAGCCUCGCCAGCAGCGUGCUGGGCAGCGCCUGGAGCUCGCGCCUCACCUCGCGCCGCUCCUCCGCCGGCGGCUCGCCCGUGCACUCGCGCCGCGAGUCCGUCUGCGGCCCGCCCUCGCGCGCGCACUACACGCCCACCGCCACGCCCGCCAACAGCCCGCUGCUGGGCUCGCCCGACUCCACGCCGCCGCCCUCGCCGCGCCCGGGCGACGGCCCGCCCUCGCUGCACGCGCUCAUCGCCAGCGGCACGUCCAUCCUGCGCCGCCGCUACCUGGCCUCGCCCGGCGGGGAGGGCUCGCCCUCGCCCAUCGCGCUCGGCUCGCUCUACACCGGCCUCGUGCACCGCAGCCCCAUGGAGCAGCUCACGUGUCUGAAGCGCACGCUGCGUUCCCCGGCCGCGCCGCCGGCCGAGCGCCGGGCGUCGGAGAGUCAGGAGGCCCCGCUGGGCGUGCCGGCGCACCCGGGCUCGGGCGCGCUGGAGGCGGGCGGCGCGGCGGCGGGCAGCCUGCGGCGCGCCCCGCGGGCCCGCGCGCCGCGCCCGCGCUCGGACCUGGGCACGGUGGGGCCGGGUGUGCCGCCGCAGACGCCGACGGCGCCGGCACACGAGGGGCACACGUCGGCGCUGGGCACGCUGAGCCUGCUGUUCGGUCGCAAGGGAGGCCUGCUGUGAGCGCUCUCACGCAGGAAACUACUUCGAUCGAGCACCUGGCUCGUCACCGUCCCCAGAUUUGAUUUUAUUCCUUGGUGUCUUAAAUUAUUUAGAAAAAUAUUUUAUGUUUUGACGUGUGUAUUUUGGAAUUACUUUUCCGAGUCGAGAUUAGCUCGAAUGCAUUUAUGUGUACAUUCGUUUCGCUCUCGGUAAAUAGACAAAAUAAGGGGAAAUUAAAAUCUUUAGUUGCUUGUAUUCAAAUCAAAUCUAUCACCUUGUCUAUACUGAUUGUAACAAAAUUGAAAGUGAUAGCAGUAUCGACAUCACUUCUUUGAUUACAAUUUCGUAUCAAAUAGUGUUGGGAGAUUUCCCUUAUUUUCGAGAGUGGGCAUAGUUGGCUGGUAUUUGAAUUAUAAUGAAAAACUGAAAAGUUAUAUUGAUUAAAAAUCCGGAAUAAAAGGCUCAUCACACGAAUUAUCCCAUUUUUGUUACUUUAAUGUUUUAUUACUUAAUUGAUGAUAUUGAUUUUGUAGAUUUUGUAGUUAUAUGAACCAAACAAUCCUGAAACAGAAGUCUGUAGUAUUAUAUUAUUAUAAUUAUAUAAGGGUUGUAAUAUUUCUUAGGAUAGGUGAAUAGUGAGACUUAACACUAGGUUUUGUAGGUGCUUUAUGAGUAAUAAUUUACAUAUUCCCAAAUCUCAUUCAUUGCGUAGUAUUUUCAUGCUUAUGAUAAUUACUAUUUCUCUAGUUAUAAAUUUUAUACAUUGUGUUACUGUAAAUAAUUGAAUUUCCAUUAACUUAGAAGAGUACAAAGUAUUUAUGUUAAUGAAUCCGAUUUAGUGUAAUUCAUAAUGAAUGUCGAUCUUGUUCUUUUUUAUUUGCGAAUCUUUGGUCGGAAGUCGUCACCAUUGUAUUGUGUGUGAAUAAGUAUGUUAUUGGUAUAAUCACAAUAUUAACAUAGUCAACAUGGUACUUCAUUUAAAUUGUUAAUAACAUAGGGUCUGAAUUAAAUAAAAAUGGUGCAUGCCAUAGGAUAAGUAGUACUGAAUUCCUUUGAAAUUAUUAUUUAUGUGAAUACACAUUCGUAGUCACGGAAUCUGGUUUAUCUUAACUUUCUUGUUUGUUAUAGCUGCCAAUUAAUACUUUGAUUUAAGUUAUUAAUCUUAGGUUAUUACAAUUGGUGCUAGAUUAUUAUUAUUUGAGCCAGUGAUGCUAUGUUGGGUGCGAAGAUACUGCUCGUACGUACAUUACAUUCUAUUAGUUUGAUUUGCAGUUGUAUAAUUCAUGUACUGGGCCAGGGUUUGAGUUUGUGUUAAUCAACAUUACAAGGAUCAUUACAUGUAAAAAGGCAGUAAAAUGUAACGGCUGUGAGGUGAUUGAAUGUGCGAUGGUUACUCGUUAACGUGUGUGUUGUCAAUAUCUGAGAUUACAAUUACUACAGUGAGGUAGGCACAAACUGUGUAGUCUAAGGAAAAUUUGUUAAUAUUUUGACGAUUAUGAAAAAAGGAAAA